GCAGCAGCAGCAGCGCAGCAGGCAGGUAACACCGAGCAGCGGAGCCGGAAGGACGGGCAGGUCCAGCCUUUUCCGAACACGCAGACCCACAGGUGUUUGUGACAACAAGCCUGCCGCCUGCGGUUCACUGAAAGUCCGCGGUUCAUUUAUGAAACAGAGUCCGAAGGUGGAGGAAACAUGACGGAGCACGGAAAGAAGCUGCUGCUCAUCGCUGUGGAUAUUGUUUGCGUCUUUGUCGCGGCUCUUCCUUCAGCCAUCCUCACACUGAGGUUCAAACCUUACCACAGAGGGAUCCACUGCGAUGACGAGAGCAUCAGCUACCCCUACAGGAGAGACACCAUCACACAUGGCACCAUGGCUGCAGUCACCAUCACCUGCUCCUUAGUCAUUAUCACUACAGGAGAGGCCUACCUGGUGCACACGAACCGUCUGCGCUCCAACUCCCAGUUCAACCAGUACCUGAGUGCUCUCUACAAGGUGGUCGGGACCUUUCUGUUCGGAGCCGCUGUCAGCACGUCGCUCACUGACUUGGCAAAGUUCUCAAUCGGUCGUCCUCGUCCAAAUUUCUUGUCUGUGUGCGCCCCGGUGAGCUGCAACGGAUACAUGCUGCAGAUCAACUGCACGGGAAAACCUCGCAACGUGACCGAGUCCAGGUUGUCGUUUUACUCUGGCCACUCAUCCUUUGGGAUGUAUUGUAUGCUCUUUCUGUCGCUGUACAUCCAUGCCAGAAUGAAGGGGAAGUGGACUAGACUGGUCCGACCCACCAUCCAGUUCUUCCUGGUGUCGUUCUCUCUUUACGUCGGAUACACGCGUGUCUCGGACUUUAAGCACCACUGGAGCGACGUCCUGGUGGGCCUGCUGCAGGGGGCACUCAUCGCCGUGCUCACGGUUCGAUACGUGUCGGAUUUCUUCAAGCAGCGGCCCUCGCCCUGCACGCCGGCAGAACAGACCGAGGAGGAGCAGCUGGAGCGCAAACCCAGUCUGCAGCCGUCCGACUCGCAGCAAGGAAACCAUUACAGGUGUUCCACCGCACCUGUAUGAGUUCCCAGCAGCUCCGUUACCUAAAGGACUGACGAAAGUGUUCUCUCUAUCGCUACAACUUCACUGAUUCCUGAAACCUGUUGGGACAGAUACUCCACGGUGUUUUUUUUUUUUUUUAUAGUCUGGGUGUGUUGCAAAAAAGUGUCCCAGAUUGACUGUGUGUGUGAUUUUUGUGAUAUAAAUGUGUUUUUAUGUUCCCAGUGAUUCCAUUUCCAGCUUUCAGAUUUCUGUGGCUGCUUCAAAAUUUCAUUCAAAGUGGCGAAGCGGCCUGCAGACAUGGUUUCCUCGUCGCUCCAGUCAGAGCUGAAUGUACCGUACCGUCUCUGACACUUCUUAUCUAAUUCAUUAUUAGAAACACAACACUUGUACUUAAUGACUUUAACUCACCUUUUCUAAUGAGAUUAUUGUGUGAAUUACUGACAUGUUUAUCUUUUUAUAGCCACUGUAAAAAAAAUUGUAGCUUUUUAAAAAAAAUGAUUAACCACGUUUUUCUAACUUUUGUUUGUUUUUACUGGAAAACGAAGGCGGACUGCUGGCACAUUUAUUUUCUGUUUUAUAUCAAAUCUUGCACAAAGUAAAUACCUUCUCAAAGCUCUUCCCUCCCCUUUCAUUACUGCAUAACGUGUUGUGAAACUACACGCUGACGUCGCUUCUUUCAGUCAGUUUGUGUGAAGUUUUUUUUAAUACAUGUGGAGUAUUUGUGUGCGCUUCCUUCAGCAGCAGGAAGAUGAUAAAAACAUUCAUGGUGA